AUGACCUAUAGAACGGAGACGGCGAGCGAUGUGUUGAGAUGGACGACUGACGACGUACGUCGUUGGUUGCUCAACAAGGGCUUCGAGAAAUAUUCUCGUUUAAUAGCUGAUGAACAUCAGAUCGAUGGGAAAAUCCUACUCCUUUUGACGGAGGAUGAUCUCCGAGAGAAGCCCCUUCAGAUCACAUGUUUGGGAGAUAUUAAACGACUGGGAUUGGAAAUAGCCCAAUUGAGAAGUCGCUAUAAUUCCGGAAAUAUUGACUCAAAGAAGUCUGAAGACGUGUUGUUAUGUGUUGAUUAUGAGUCGACAAAAGAAAUCGAGGUCGCCGGCAAGAGUGUUCCGAUUAAAACGAUAGAAACGGCUGUGAUCACAGAUGAAUCCUUAGCGGACACCCUUGCAACGGUUGGUGAUGUGCAUGGGAUUCAUCUGAUUUCAAGAGAGGAGUUGAUACGAUCUGUUGAGUCACCCGACACCGCUUUCAAGAGUUUCGCCAAAUUGGUGAUAGCUUUUCUCUACUGCUCAGUGGCACUUCUCUUCACCUCUUUUGUGAUGGUUGUCGUGCACGAUCGAGUGCCAGACAUGAAGAUGUACCCACCACUGCCGGACAUCGUUUUGGACAAUUUGCCUCUUAUCCCUUGGGCUUUCGAGAUGUGUGAGGUGAUCGGGAUGAUUCUAUCGACGGUUUGGUUCACCGUUUUGUUCUUCCACAAACACAGAAUAGUUGUCGCUCGACGAAUGUUCUCGAUGGUCGGCUCGGUGUUCUUGUUGAGAUGUAUCACCAUGUUGAUCACUUCAUUAUCCGUUCCGGGUGUUCAUUUGGAGUGUCGAGCAAAAGGACAUGGCUCGAUUUGGGAGAAAGUGUGGGAAGCGUAUCACAUUUGGUCACGAUUGGGAAUGUCAAUUCAGGGAGUUCGAACAUGUGGAGACUACAUGUUUAGCGGUCACACCACAGCAAUCACUUUGCUCAACCAUUUCAUCACUGAAUAUACACCGUCAUCUUGGGUCUUGCUUCACACAUUGACUUGGGUGCUAAACCUUUUCGGGAUUUUCUUCAUUCUCGCUGGUCAUGAGCACUACUCGAUCGAUGUUUUCAUUGCGUUUUACAUCUCAUCAAGAAUGUUCUUGUACUAUCAUGCUUACGCUUACAAUCAUGCGAAUUUGACAGCCACUGAUAACCGAAUGAGGCUGUGGUUCCCGCUUGGAUGGUUUUUCGAGGCUGGAUCAAAGGGAAAACUCAACAACGAGUACGCUUUCCCUAUUUCAUUCACUUUCGGUCGUCGAUCAAAAGUCACUGCAAAUGAACCCGCAAAUGGAACGUUGAAAAAGGAGCACUCGAAAGAGAAUGGGAUUCAGAAGAAUGACACAAAAAUAAACAGUCGUCCAAGUCAAGAAAAUCUGGAAAAACUUUCAAAUGGAACAAACGGGACAAAUGGGACAGCGAGGCAUCGAAAGAAGAAAAAU